GUGGAGGAACAUAUUUUCAACGCAACAACCACAGAUUAUGUUGGACAUAACUUUCCAUGGCCUUUAUCAAAAUUCUUAGCUUCUCUGACUUUCUUCGUCCCCUCCUUUAGUGAUGACUGACUGGAGUUGGGUGGCCUACACGGUACUAGAAGUGCUGAUUGCUGUGUCCUGUUUCCUUGGUAAUGCGUUGGUGGUGUUUGCGGUGUGUAUUGGCAUCCGGGAUUCCCUGAGAGAGCCCACUUUCUGCUUCCUCGUUUCCCUGGCGGUGGCUGACUUCCUGGUGGGUGUGGCGGCUGUGCCCCUGGCUGUCCUGUUGGAUGGCUGGGUGAGUGUGACCCCUGACCUCUGCCUUCUCCUCAGCUGUGUCGUGCUCGUGCUGACUCAGGCCUCUGUGCUGUCACUGCUCGCUAUCGCUGUGGACCGAUACCUCCGAUUACACAUACCCCUCAGAUACAAAGCCCUGGCCACACAGAGGCGUACAUGGAUGGCUGUUUCUGUGUGCUGGACUCUUUCCUGUAUACUUGGGUUCACCCCUCUGUUUGGCUGGCGUAACUACUCCUUGCUAACAUCUGAUUUCACCAACACAUCCUCCUCCGUCUCUCCACCCUGCACCUUCCUCUCAGUUAUUUCCCUCCCCUUUAUGGUUUAUUUCAACUUCUUGGGAUGUGUCAUGGCCCCCCUGCUGGUCAUGACUCUCCUCUACACUCAGAUCUUCCGGAGCCUUCAGGGCCGUCUAAAGGAAAGCUGUCCCCAAGCACAGGCUUCCCUGCUCAAGGAGAAGAGGCUGGCCUGCUCCCUGGCUCUGGUUCUCAUUUUGUUUGCCAUCUGCUGGAUUCCUCUGCAUCUGAUGAACUGUCUGCUGCUGUUUCAGAGUCCACAAGCUGUGACACGGGGGACCCUCUAUACAGGUAUCCUCCUGUCUCAUGCCAACUCAGCCGUCAACCCCGUGGUCUACGCUUAUCGCAUCCCAAAAAUCCAACAGGCCUACAGUCAAAUAUGGAAGCGCUUCAUCAUGAGGCUGAACUGUUGCCAUGGGGACAAGCAAGUUCCCAAUCAAUAAAAGGCAGCCGAGCCUAUCACACAGAAACAUGUGGAUCAGGAGGGGAAAACACGCCCUAACAAAGGAGCAGACACCUUUAUCAGGAGUUUUCUCUCCCCACUCACACACAAAAAUCUGACAAUCACUCAAUCAAACAAACAUUUGAGACUUUAUUUCACAUGAACAACUGGGACACUACAGGCAGCCCCACAGUGUUUGAAUUUGUGUCAUGUUUUGUUAGAAAAAAAUGCAUUCUCUUACAAUCAGUGCCUGCUUGUCCACUGAAUUUAUUUGUAUCAAAGCUAUCCCAUCAGUUUUCACUAGAGGGUGCUGUAGACUAACAGGCUCACUAGCUACUGUUGUACACAAACUAUCACACCAUCAGUGUUGGUGACAAACACUAUCACAUUCACUGAUUAUUGGAUAACCCAUUUAAGUAAGACUUUAAUCAGAUGUACAUAAAUCAGUCAUUUUACUGCCUCAAUCAUUUCAUGUGUAUAUUUGUGCUGCUCAUUUAACUUGCUCUUUCUUCCUGUUAUCUACGAAUAAAUGCGAUACUAAAAUGAGAGUGUGUUGAUGAAUCAUGUUCAGUGGACUCCUCAGGGAAGGCAAUAGACUGUAUAGUUAUCACCUGAGCAGGGUGCUAUCCCACCCACCAAACUAUACAACCUACUACC